AAUUUUUUUGGAGAAAGAAAAUCCAGCCUCACCCAUUUCUAACCAAUCGGAAUCCUCCAUUUUAUUACAACCGAUUCCUCUUCUCAUUCUUCUUAUCACAACCCAUCCUGUCUGACCCUUUAACUUCACCACAAAUCCCUCCUUUCCAAACACAAAGAUGAAUUCUCUCCACCACCACCGCCACAGCCACUGCCACCACACCCUGCUCACGCGCCUCCCUACCUCCGAUACCAGCCACCCUCCAUCCUCCAUCGCCCCCUCUCUCUUCCUCAAACCCUUUCCCUCCUCCGCCACCACCGCAACCACUACUACCACAACUUCCCUUUCCUCUUCCACCACUACCUUCUCUCUUUCCUCCACCACUCCCUCCUCUUCUACUACCUCCACCUCCCAACCUAUCUCCUUCGACCUCCUCCACCAACACCUCUCAACCCAAAACUUCCGCCAAGCCGACGAGGAAACCCGCCGCCUUCUCAUCGUCCUCGCCGGCGAAGCAGCACAAAAGCGCGGCUACGUCUUCUUCUCCGAAGUCCAAUUCAUCUCAGAAACAGACCUCAAAGCCAUCGACGACCUCUGGAAAAAGUACAGCGACAACAAAUUCGGGUACAGCGUUCAGAGAAAGCUAUGGAAGAAUGCCAACAAGGACUUCACCAGGUUCUUCCUCAAAGUUGGGUGGAUGAAGAAGCUGGACACAGAAGUGGAGCAAUACAAUUACAGGUCUUUUCCUAACGAGUUCAUGUGGGAACUGACGGAGGACACGCCGGAAGGGCAUCUGCCAUUGACGAAUGCUCUCAGAGGGACACAGCUGCUGAACAGUAUACUCAGCCAUCCUGCUUUUGAUGAGGUUGAGGAGGAAGAAGGAGGAGGAGGAGAAGAAGGAAAAGGGGAGGAAUUGAGAGAUGGAGAGAGGCCAUUGAGCAACAAAUUACUCAAACCAGAUUAUAGCUUUUGAUUUUGAGGAAUACACAGUAAAAAUGAGAAUUAAUAGGAUUUAAGUUAAUGUUGAAAAUAAUCGUCCAUGGUCCAUUCAUUUCUCAUCCUUUUUCUUUUUGCAUUUCAUAAUGUAGUAGUUAUUCAACCUUUGAUUUUUUUUUU